AUGUCGGCGCAGCCUACAAACACGACCGAUGCGAAGGAGUUCGGCACCAAGACCAUCACUCCAGAGGUGACCUGGGCACAGCGCUCCUCCAAGACAGAAGCCGAGAAGAACCACGUCUAUGUCUCCAUCAACGUCCCCGACGUCGACCCCAAGAAGAUCAAGCUCGACGUCCAGCCCGGCUACCUCAGCUUCCAAGGCUACAGCGAGUCCAAGAAGGCCGACUAUGCAGUGAAACUCGAGUUCUUCAAGGAGAUCGACCCAUCUGCUUCGAAGACGAACCACUCGCCACGAGCUAUCGAAUUUGUGCUGCAGAAGAAGGAUCUCGAAGAGGAGUUCUGGCCGCGAUUGUUGAAGGAUAAGGCGAAGGUGCACUACCUGAAGACAGACUUUGACAAGUGGGUCGACGAGGACGAGCAGGACGUCGUAGCAGAUGAUGAUGACUACAUGAGCCGCAUGGGUGGAAUGGGCGGCAUGGGAGGUGACGGCGGCUUCGGCGGCAUCGACUUCAGCAAGCUUGGAGGUGCUGGUGGUGGCAUGCCUGGAAUGGAGGGCAUGGGUGGCGAGGACGACGACGACGACGAUGCUGACGAUGAUGAGGACAUGCCAGAACUCGAAGGCGAAGAGGGCGCAUCCGCAGGUGCAUCAAGCGCCGGCGAGGGCAGCAGCAAGAAGAUCGAGGAGGUCGAGUAG